AUGUCUGCCAAAACUGUCGAGACCGACCUUGAUGCGGGUGUCUUAACAACUCCGAGUGGGUCAAGAGGAUAUGAUAUGGGAGACCACGCUCACAUUACUCACAAAGUUAAAGAAGAUUGUCUAUCAGAGCAGGCUGUCCAGGAUUUCUUCUCGGAGAACAAGCUUGAAGCUCACAUGCGGCACGUGGAGGGAGUGGGGUCGCUGUACACGGCUUCCAAAUGGUGUCCAACGCCACCGCCUCUGAAGGAUGUCUUCUUUAACCGGCUGCCGCUGGAUCAACUGAGUGAGUUUGACCGGGUCUGGGAUUCCAGGUCGCUCGGUGCAAUCAACGUGGUGGAUCAGGCGAGAAAUCGCGAUCUGCUGUUGUCACUUCUGAAGAAAGGCGGAGAGUACUACCUAAAGACAGUGGACUAUGACCCCACUGUCUGGCCAGGUCCGCCUCACAACAUCUCCCAUCAGCGGGUCAAUGAACUGUACGGUAUGUCUCCAUUUGUUACAGUACAUGACAAUUUACAAGACAGAUUCUAA